AUCAGUUGGUCCGCAAGCUCGGUGUCGAGCGCAAACAGGCAUUUUAAUCUAACACAAAUUUCACAGUUGAACUAAAAUUGUUGUCAAUAAGAUCUGUCUUUGUCGAUUUGAGUCAGUGUUGCGACAUGGUUUCAAGAUGCUUUCGAUUAAACCACACCUUGACACAAUACCUGAUCAUUUUUGGGAGCCUGGUAUUAUUUUUUAGUUUCUAUUAUUUUGAUGGGCCGCACCACCAACAGAUGAAAUCAGCAGUGGUAAAUGCCAUUGAUGACUGGAUCAAACAUGAGCACAAUGAUACGUACGAAAAAAGUACCACGCAAUCUAGUCCUACUACAACAGCAGGAGAUUCAGAAUCUGCAUCAUCGUUUCAUUCAACUUGCAGUGCGUCCGCUGAUCGCAGAGGUCCACAUCAAAAUGUCAUCGGCUAUUCCAUGUACGGCAGCAAUUUCUCCGAGCCAAAAUUUUACAACUUGUACUUGAAGUCCUUUACUGAAACUCUCAAGUCUAUUCCGAUCAUGUAUCCAGGAUGGGUGGUGAGGAUUUAUCUCGAGCUGAGGAGCGACGACGUGGAAAGUUGGAAAGUGUUUAACAAAGUCCUCGAUUUGGGAACUAACAGCAGCCGUGACCACAUUGAUCUCUGCAACGCAACUCAAGUCAUCAUGAAUCGAAAAUUGGGAGAUAUUUUCGAGAUGACUUGGCGUUGGUUACCUUUGCUGGAUGACAUGGUGGACACUUUGAUGUCGAGGGACUCGGACAGUGUGAUAAUUACUCGUGAACAAGACGCCGUGGCUGAGUGGCUGGCCAGCAACAAAACCUUUCACUUAAUGAGAGACAACCCACAUCACUGUUCAUUUUUUCUUGGAGGUUGUUGGGGAGUCAAAAUCAGCCAGCAACGCGCUGCAAUCGUUGCCACAGCCGAGAAGAUGUUUGGCGAAAAUCACUCGCACAAAAAAGGAUACGACCAACAGUUGCUGAAUGGAUUCUAUAAAUCGAUGGCUGUCAAUAGCAUGGUUGCCCAUGACAGUUACUGCUGUGAAAAGUUCAAGGGCUCACAGCCAUAUCCAACCCCGAGACAAAAUGGUGCGUUCAUCGGGGCGGCUCAGCACAACCCACCGAUUCAGCCAGUCCUAAAAGUUCCAUGUCCUGAGAGUUGUCGACCGCACAACUUGACCGGUCCAUUGGCACUGGCUGAUUGGAGUUUCUGCUGAAAAUUGUUUGUAUCAUCCAUUUUAAAAUCUGGAAUGCUGUCACGGUGAUGGUUAAUCUGACAAAAUUGCAGCUGCGAUAGAAUUUAAAUAUUCGUGCACCUUUUCUCAUAUUUAGGCUACAUAAACUAUUCUGUGUCUGACAGUUGAAUAACUAAAGAUGAUGUAAUGGCAAAUAUUACUCAUUCAAAUAAACAAAACAAAAGGUGAAA